AUGAAGUAUCUUUUUUCUGCUAUAAGCUUGCUGGUCCUGGUAUGGUGGGAGGUCUCUCAGGCUGUCUAUGUCAAGGAUGGGAACUCUUCCUUCCAGUUAGAAGCUGUAAAGAAGCUGAAGCAGCUUCACGAAAUGGUCAGAACUAGAAGCCCUCAUUUAGUCAUUUCUUCUUCUGAUGUCAUCUGCACCCAGAAUGAUCUCCCUGCAGAGUUCAGAGAGGUGUGUAAUCAAGGAGAAGCACCACAAGUCUUCCCACGACUGAUGCAAGCUAUCGAGGAGCUGGAUUUGUGUGAGAUCUGUUUCAGCAAAGCAUGUGCAGGCUGUUAA